AUGUCGGGAAAAGUCCCUCGCGCCGCUUUCGUUGAGGAAUACGACGAGGACGCUCGUGUUAUCAUUCCCGACACUCGUCAAGUCGCCAACAAGAACGAUCUGAAAUUACCUCCCGAGCCUCUGCUCGACGUUGCCAGCGAUUCCGGCUAUUCCAGUCGCACCGCCGCCACCGUCAACAGCUCCCAAUCCGCCCCAUCAAGUCAGAAACCUCCGGGCCCUCUUAAAGUCAACACCACCCCCAAGAGGGCCGACCUGGAUCGAGUUCGUUCCACCCGCAAAGACCGGGCAAAGGAAAAGGAACGGACGGCUCGCCCCGCGCGUGAUGACAGUAUGCAGGUCGGCUCCUAUCCCACUGCCAGCCAUCUCCACGCCGCCCCGAUGGCCCGGUCGCCGUCUCGCUCCCGCCGACGCGAGACGGCCCAGGUGCGGCACCACCCGGGCACCUGCUGGGAGUGCGACCAGGGCCUGUACCACGGGACGCCCCCGGCUGAUCCGAAGCCGAUGGACUACGGCUACUACAUGUCCCAGCCGUCCACCCCGUCGGUCGCAGACUACCCCUCCGCGUCCCGCAACACGCAGCGAUACGCCGGCUCAGUCAUCCAAGACGUCAAUGUCUCCCGCAGCACCCGUCCGCACACCCGCGGCAACCGCUCCAGCUCCUACCAUGGCCCGGACCGGCCGAUGAGUUUCCACGGGAUGAUGCCGGGCAUGGGCGGUGGGAUGAUGUAUCACCCGCAACUGGGUCGUUACGAUCACGGACCUCCCCUCUCCUCCUCCGCCUAUGCCCACACGCCGGCGUACGCCCCCUCGCCCUAUGGCCCGCAACCGCAACCCCAGCCUCAACCCCAAGCCCAGCCCCAAGCCCAGCCCCAGCUCCCCUACUAUGGCCCAGAAUACCACCAGCCACAGGAGCAUCCCCGGGAGCGGUCCAUGUCCCGGACGCGGGACCAGAAGCGAAACCGUCGCGCGUCCGUGUACGGGGGCCCCGCGGUCGACUACGACUACUUCGCACCUUCUUUCGAUGACGACGACGCGAUGGAAUCACCGCCCCCUCGCGAGAGCCGGCAGCGGAUGCCCUCCCACUCGAACCACGACCGCGGCGAGGACUACCACCGCAUGCCCCCGCCGCCCCUCAAGCACCAGUCCCGGCCCCAGAUCAUCCAGAAGCGGCCCGACCUCUCCCGCAAGGCGGCCACCAGCUCCUCGGUCUCGUCCGAGGGCCAUCCGUCGCGGGGGGCCAUCGACCUGUCGGAUCUCCGGGACGCCCUGCCGGAGUACGGGUAUCGUCAGUCCUCCCGGGAGACGGUGAUCCCCGAGCGCCGUGGCAGUCGUCGCGACAACCGACGCUCGCAGUCCUACCACGAUCCGAUCCGCCCGUCUCGCCGCAUUGUCGAGAACAGUCGCCGUCGGCCGCCGAGUCCCAUCUAUGACUCCGAACUCGGCGACGACGACGACGACGACGACGACGACGAUGACGACGACGACGACAUCGACGAGAAGCAGCGGGAGGCGGAGGAAUACCAGGCGACCCGGUCGGUCAAGUCGGCGGCUCCCGUGCCGUUGACCUCGGAUGCGUUGCUGAAAGCCAAGUCCUCGCACGGGGCGCACCCGACCGCCAGCGACAGCGGCAGCCAGAAGAGCCGGUCGAACAGCAGCCAGAAGAGCCGGUCGAACAGCAGCCGCGGCAGCGAUGCGCGCACGCAGAACGGCAGCGGCGUGGGAUCCAAGGCCGAGGAGGACAACAACUUCGUGAUGACGAUGAACGGCGUGACCAUGAGCUUUACGCAGGAGUCGGUCGGGGGGAAGCGGAUCAGCGUCCGGGCCGGGGAGACGGGUGCCUUGGAAUUGAACAUCGAAAGCAAACGGCCCAAGAAGUACCUGACGGGGGGGUCAGACUAUACGGGGACGGUGGCGCGACGCGAGGCGGACGGGGUACGACGUGCCCGGGGCGAUCGCCGGUCCGACCGAGCCAGUCGACGAUCCAGCCAGUCCGUGUAUAGCGGGCGGUUCUAG